UAUCUUCCAUUCACGUCCACUCCAGCUGUGAUCAGUGAAGUAACUAUUUCCGCAUAUCCCUUUUCAGAGGCAGAUCUCAGUAGCUCAUAUGCCUAGAUUUACAUGCGGGCCUGGUGCAGCUCCAGCCUUCAGUAGCAGUGAAACGACUUCAAUCCUACCAUUUUCAACAGCCACUGUCAGUGCAGAGUCUCCUCCCUGUUUGAAGACAGUGAGAAAUGUC